AGUACCGUUGCCCAUGCUCUGGCCAUGAGUCCCGCACACCUGUUUUCCUUUUCAAAAUUCGACCUUUCCUUUUUACAUAAUACCCUGUCUCGGAAAACCGUCAACUGAGUCCGCUCGCAUAGAUACUGCUUUCGCGAGUCACUGAUAUUUAUUGAAUUAUACGCCGUCCCCGAUACAGGUUUAAAUCCAACUGGUUUUGAGCGCAAUUGCAUCACCUCAGACAUCCUUUUCCCCCCUUUCUCCUCCUACUCUAUGUCCCAAACAUCUUUCACAUCCAAGUUUGUCUCCAUCGGCCAACGUUCCAUACAUGUGCGACUCUCUGAACCAGCACCUCCCCCUAAUGCACCAACAACGAAGCCACCUGUGAUAUUCUUGCAUGCCGUUGGAUCAAACUCGUCCUCAUGGGUCACGCCACUCCUCAUGGCACCUCAGCUCGCACAGCAUCGUCAGCUAGUGCUCUUCGACAGCGAUGGCCACGGCCUCAGUCCCUGGAGUGGUCGCGAUCAGAUGACGGUCGUAGAUCUCCUACACGAUUUGUUGGCCCUUCUGAAUGAGCUGCAAUUCAGACAAGUUGCCAUAGUUGCCCAUUCACUCUUCUGUCACGUGGCGUCAUUGUUCGCUCUCAACUUCCCUGCAAGGACCGACAAAUUAUUGUUCCUCCACCCGAUACGAUAUCUAACGGACGCGAUGCGGGGUGCCCUUCUUUCCCAAGCGUCCCACAUAAGAUCAAUGUCGCCUGGCAACUCUCCCCCAUCCUCGCCACUGUCGCCCAGUAUGAUGUCCCGGAUGACCCUUCCGCCUAUCCGGCCUGCAAGCACGCCAGCUGCACUAUCCUCGAUCGCCGUUACGACGUCAACUUCCUCUAUAUCGAGACACUCACUGCAAACGAAUUACUCCGCUCAGUCGCUCAUCCAUCGACUUGUGCUUUCGACACACCCAUCCGCAUACGCAGCAACUCAAAAGGCUCUUGUGCGAUGUUGUUUCUCUUCUCCUUUAGCGUCCGAAUAUUCGGCAGGGUCGUCAUCAACAAGCCCAAGUGGUCUUAAUUUGAAUGUGAACGUCACGCCUCAGCACUGUGAGAUGCUUAUCGUUGGAGGUGAAGAGGAUGAUCUCGCUUCGCCUGAGCUGUUGCGUGCUUGGGUUGAGGAAGUACAGCUUCAGCGUGGACAGCACGAGUUCGAGUCUGGAUGGGGCGGACAGGAAGUUUGGAGGAAAGGCAAACGGAGCAGGACGAGUGGAAGUGGAGCUGGGAACGGAUCGGGUGUGAAGGAGAUCAUAUUGAAGGAUGUAGGUCAUUGGGCUUGUGUGGAGGAGCCGCUGCAGAUGUCUAGAAUACUCCUAUCAUGGGGAAUGCGUAACGACCAGUAGGGAAAUUUCUCUUCUGUGCUUCGCUAAAAUUGGGGCAGACAUUAGCUUCUGAGGUGUUAUUUUCUUC